AUGCGCUCCCCCUCGUUUAUGACACACCACAACCUAAUACCCUCGAGCAAGUACCACGAAAUUAAAGCACCAAAUGAAGAAAAGGCAGAACUGAGCAACCGAGAUGUAUACGAGUAUCGUAGCAGAAAUGUCAGUCCUAUGUACACCACAAAGUUCAAGUCUCAGCCACCCAUCUACACAGAGAAGAUUUUCUACAAUCCGAACCUAGUGGGGCCCAGUCCAGUGAUUGCCAAUUAUGGUGCACAUGGAGGAAAUGCUCGAAGGGUUAGCUGCAUUCAUCCAUUUCCCUGUAUAAAGGGGAACACAGGGGGGUGUAAUGAAAUGAACAAUGGAACAAGAAAUGGGAUUCAUAGCGGCGGUAUUUUUACGAAUCCAAGUGUUAGUAGUUACACAUGCGGGUAUAAUGUUGCUCCAACAAAUAAAAGGAUCAUGAGAAAAGUGAGUAAGGUGCCGUGCCUGUUCAAUACCAAACCGGCAUUCAUGCAAGACAGUUGCGAAAAAGUGUACAGUGAUGUGUCUGGAGUUCCCAUCCAUUUUGACUCUCCCGUACAUGGAAGGAAAGGAUACGUGGAACUAGGUACGCACGAUGGAAUGGCAGUGUAUAACAUUAAUGAGAAUAAAAAAAACAAAGAUUCAGAAGUGACGGGAAAAUUAAACCAUGUAGAACCUUUUAAAAAGAGAGUGACAAAGGAAAAACUACCAGAACCGAUUAUAAAAAAUAAAAUUAAUGAACUUAUAAAAGAAAAAGAUGAACAAAUAAAGGAAUUGGAAAUUGAGAUUCAGAAUGAAAAGAGAAAAAGUGAAAUUGUCAGACCAGACGGUGCAGAAAACGAUAAGGAGUUCUCCAAUGUAGAAAACAAAAAGCUAAAAGAAAAAUUGUUGGACCAAAAAAUCAAAUAUGAAGAAACUCUGAAACAUUUAAAAAGGGUUGAAAUCGAGAGGAGGUCCCUAAAAUCAAGUUUAAAUGUCCGAGAUAAGGUUCUGAACAAAUUGGAAAAUGAAAUUGGCUCUGUGGACAACGAAAACGAUUUCUUGCUUCGCUUGAAGGAAAACACAAGUUUAAGUGAUGUACAUAAUCUUUUCAAAUUUUUGCAAAGCCAGGAUAAAGGAACGGAAGAGGAGAACUACAACAAAUGUGCAGGUAAAAAUAACCAGAAGGGGACGGGACUAAAUAAAGCGAACGAAAAGAGGAACGGCACAGUUGAUCCUUAUGACAGAAACGACACAUAUAGGGUAAACGAAACAGAGGAAGGAAAACAUAAGGAAGAUGAAUUUAGCUGGUACAAGAGCAAAAGCACAUGUGAGGAAGGUCUACUCACAUUGGAGGACGACGAAUCAAAGGAAAAUAAAAUUUCACACAGAAAUGGGAAAAGGGUGUCUAUGUUUUCGAAACCCAGUUUCGAGAAUAACGAUAUGUAUACACUCAAGUCAACAAUCGUGGAAUUAGAAAAGGAAGUGUACGAUCUGAAAGAAGAAAAUAAGAAUGUGAACUUUAAAUAUGAAAAUACCUUCCAAGCUUUAAGCGAAUUGAGGAAGGACACCUUGGAGUAUAUGGAAUCUAUCGUUUCGCGUGACAUGCGCAUAGCAUAUAUGGAAAGUAUGCUACAAAAAAGCGAAAAAGAUUUAAACAAAUUGAAGGAACUCCUAAAAAAGCAGCAACUUCUUUACACAGAAAAGGUAGGCAAGUGCACAUCGGAGAUAAGCAUCUUGGAAAAACAAUCCUCUCACCUACAAUCAAUGAUACAAGAAAAAGAUUCAGAAAUAGUUCUGUUGAAAAAUGAAAUAAUACGCAAUGAAACUUUGGUAAAACAAUAUGAGGAAAGAAAUAAAGAGCUUCAAAAUGAACUUCGACUCAUGUGCAACAAUCUAGAAAAUGUAAUUGACGCAUCGAACAAGAAAGACUUGUUCAUGAUCGAACUGGAAAAACAAAUAAGGGAAAAUGAAGUACACAGACAAAAUGCCUAUUUAAAGGAAGUGGCAAAAAAUAGAAAAGUUCAUGCAAAUAUGAAAUUCAAAGAAAUGAUGUAUGACAAAUCGGCUAAACAUCAGGUGGAUGAAUUACACAGCUUGAAAAAGGAACUUUACUUGAACAAAAUACAAAUGCAGAAAGCCAGGGAUGCAUUCGAAGUCCUUAAGAAGGUACCCAAGGCAGAAUCUCUACGUAGAAGUAAGCAGGACUUAAGCCAAGAUAACGACUCUAGCACUGUUCACAAUUUUUCUGAAGAUAAAAAUGAUCAGGACGGAGGGAACACCACCUUCGAGGUCAAGGUGUCCUCCGAGGUUAGGCCAGCAUACAAGGCAAAAAACUCUGUGGUUAAGAAAAAGAAGCGGGCCCCCAAGUCGAGUGCAUCAGCGAGUAUAUCCGCGAGCACCCAGGAAAACGUGCACGAAAUUGCCCAGGGGGUUAUUCACACAAUAGAAUAA